AUGGUCUCGUUCAAGUCCCUAAUCGUCGCGUGGGCUUCCCUUACAGGUGUGGUUUCCGCCUCGCCGCUUAAUAUUACGGACUCUGGUAUCCUCGAGAAGCGCCAGUCCACUCCCAGUGCCACAGGCCGUCACAAUGGCUAUUACUUCUCGUGGUGGACCGACGGCGGUUCUCAGGUUACAUACACCAAUGAAGCAGGUGGCAAAUACAGCGUGAAGUGGGGUGGAGGCGGUGGUAACUUCGUCGGUGGUAAGGGAUGGAAUCCAGGUGGCUCAAAGGAGAUCAAGUACUCUGGUUCAUACCAGCCAAAUGGCAAUAGUUACCUUGCUGUCUACGGCUGGACUCAGAACCCGCUCGUCGAGUACUACGUCGUUGAAAACUUUGGCACAUACAACCCGGCUUCAAACGCGCAGAAAAAGGGGUCGGUCACUACCGAUGGUGGCACUUACGAUAUCUACGUUAGCACACGAACAAACCAGCCGAGUAUUGAAGGUACACGAACCUUCCAGCAGUAUUGGUCUAUCCGAACGCAAAAGCGGACAGGAGGUACUGUGACCACAGGCAACCAUUUCGCGGCAUGGGAAAAGGCUGGCUUGAAGCUCGGCACGCAUAAUUACAUGAUUGUCGCUACGGAAGGCUACUUCAGCAGCGGGUCAGCUACUAUCAACGUCGAGACUCCCGCGUAA